AUAGCAAGACACAGUUUUCGAUUUGUUUUGUUUUUCAUAAACGUUUUAUUCAAAAUAAUUGUAUUUGAGACUCGCAAGUUUUUAAUUGAUUAGUUCACUGGUCCCGCAUAUGUCAAUUUACGUAGUUCUAAAUGUUGAUGAAUAACUAAAAAAAUGUAUUUCACCUCCGCAAGCUCUCGUUUGUUACUGUAUGAUUGUUUAACGUGGGAACUGAAAAAGUCCUACGGAUGCUACGAGGGUCUGCUACGUGAUAUUUCAUGGAGCGACGACAGCAAAUACAUAUUGCAGGUGAAUUCAAAAGGCUUAGUUGAAAUAUUAUCUGCAGCGGAUCACGACGUCCGGAGUUUACAGCAUUUAUCAUUAAAAGACAGCUGGUGUGCGAGCUUCCACCGAGAUGGCCAUCGUAACAUAGCCGUAGGCACCAAGAACGGUAAUGUAAUGAUAUGGGACACGAAGAACCGAAGUGUCAUAAAAACGUUUCCAACACCUUCACACCAGUCCGCUGUAAACUUUGUCAGCUACAAUGCCAAGAAUACUAGUUUAGCAGCGACCAUGCAAAAUGGUGACACGGUCAUUUACGGUCUUGUAUCAAACAUUCCGGUUCUAACUGUCAAGCUGCCUUGUUCGAAAAGUAUUUCGGCGAUGAAGUUUCAUCAAGAUGCUCGCUCGCUUUUGGGGCUAGCAACCGAUGAAGGUCACAUCGUGCUCCGAGACGUAACCACGAAUAAAGAUAAAGUGUUCUUUGAAAAUGUACACGGGGCUCCGGUCAGUGAUAUUGCGUACUCGCUGAUCAAUCGAGACGUUAUGUUUUCCUGUGGCUACGAUAAAAUCAUGCACGUUUAUGAUAUUCGAUUACAGAACAUAGUUUCGACUAUUAAGGCUGCUUACACAUUGACCUCCCUAGCCGUGAACACAGAAAACCAAGUCGGUUUCGGUACGAAAAAUGGCGUAGUCCUCAUAUACGACUUGAGAGAUUUAACUAUUCCAUUCAAAAUACUUAGAGGUCACGAAGAUGAAGUUAGAAAGGUUACUUUUCAACCUUUGCGAAAGAUGGCCUUCUCAGCUGAAAUCAGCCUGCGAGAAGAUACUGAAUGUCUUUCGCCAACUAAAGUACACUCUCCGGUUCGUACAAGAACUUCGGAUAUGUUUUUCAUAAGCGACACACCCCCAAAAAAUAAUCUCGAAAUAUCUAAUCAAGGUGAUGCUAAAGCAGAUUCGUUUCUUGUCAUGAUGGGACUGGAUAAAUCGAACAAUGAUUUUGAUGAUGAAGGCAGUAAGUCUUUGGACCAUGAAAGGAAAAGCGAUAGGCACGAAGCAAGGUAUCGCCAGUUGGACGCUGAAAAGAACAUUAGUAAGAUAUCUACUCCUUUAACUAGCAGAACGAUGGAUAACUUAGUGUUUCCAUCCCCUUUACCUUCCAACGGACUUGCCGAAGAAGCUCGAAUAUCAAAUACAAAUCUACCAAUCAAACAUUCUAGUUCUACUCCUUGCGUUGACGUAAUGGAGAAUAAAUCCUUAGAUGAAUUAAAAGAUUUUAUUAAACUUACACUGACCGACGUCGCAGAUGACAAUAGAAAUUAUUUCCUGCACAUCAUGAUGGCUCUGACAAAACAAAAAUUAUAUUUAGAGAAACAACUGUCCAACAUGAAUGAGCAGAUUCAGAAUCUAACCUACAACCAAGAUGUUUUAGUUGAGACAAACAGAAAGCUGGCUUUAGAAAUUGAUCAAUUGAAAAAGAGAACUAGCUUUAAUAAAACUUAAAAAGUUCCAGGUGUACUUAUAAAGUUUUGGAGCUCUAAUUUAUUUUAAGCAAAAGUACAUCAAACUUCAUAAUACAAUAUAGGAAGUUUGAAGAACUUUAGCUAAACUUACACACACUUAUUAUUAUUUACAAUUAUUUAUAUUACACAAUUGUUAUUUAUCAGGUUCUUACUACGAUUUUCACAUUUCACGAGUUGCCGAUAUUUCGGCGUGUUGCAAUGGUUACGAUCAGGCAUAGACUGAAGGUUGCGGGUAGGAUGUUAGGAGCAAAACAAAAAGUAAAGUAGACAUUGCUUAUGAAAAUACCAAAAAAAAAGUAAACAUUUUUUUGCCAAAUUAAUAGUAGGAUUAACAUUGAAGUUAUUUCUGCUGACUGCGAAUUCAUUUAAAAACGCUUGUAGCAUCAUUUUAGUAAUUUUUAUGUCUCCUUUUAUGCCAUUGAGCUGGGUAAGGGAUCUGAUGGUAUUAAGCGUUGAUCGGCGUCCAUUGCACUAUGAGAAAGUCGUCUAACGGAUGUGCAGCCUUUUAGGCGACCGGUAAUAGGAUGGCAACACCAAUGUGUCUCCACAAUACGCCCAAUCAGUAAUGGUAUAGGCGCGUCACUCAAUACGAAUAAGCUUUGUCCCUAAAAGAACUGAUUUUCAGAACCAUUCGAAUUCAUUUUAAGUUUGUUAUGACCUAUUAACAGACGUUACACUGUAGCGUCUCUAAGCGAUGCCUGCCACUUAUUAUCAGCUGAGCUGCAAUCUCAAUUGCCAUAUUUUAUAAAAAAUUAAUGAAAUGUUGUUGACUUUUCAUAAUCCUAGGUAGAAUAUUUUUAAAACUGUAAAAUAAUAAUUGAAAGACAUUUAGUUAAUUUUAAUAUAAUUAUACAAAUAUAAAUAAUAGUUGUGCCAAAUUUAAUACCGUUCGUAAAAUUACGGACUUAAAAAUUUCCAAUAUUUAAAUUAUUUUUUUGUCUCUUUCGUUGUGUUUGUAAUGUAAAUUAAAUAAAGUAAAUUUGUAAUAAAUAUUCCGGCAUCAAUACCUAAUAGUAUAGGGUCCUUAGGAACGGAUUCUUUGUAAUUUAAAAAUAAUAAACAUAACAUAUUUUCAACUCCUCUUUUUAUUUAACAAAAUAUUUUAAAUAUUAUCAUUGAACACUUAAAGUGUGUUGUAAAUUAAAAAAAAAACGUAAUUGUCUAUUUAGCAAAUUGGUCAAGUUAUUGGAGAUCUGUUUAAUGAAAAUUAUCACACUCAUAAUUAGUUAAUCAUAUACAAAUUUUGCAUCUAUCUAAAUUGUUCUGUUUUCGUGUUUAUUUUGACAAUAAUGUUA